AUGGUCAUGGGAAUUUUUACGCCGAGUCCAGCGACGGUUGGAAGUAACUCGGCUGGACUGACCAACUCGGCGGACUCGGCGAAUGCGAUGAUCACGGACGCGACGGCGGACGAGGCGCGCACCGUCCAGUUCGAUGAGGAGGAUGCCCAAGACCAAGAAAGUGAGGAAGAUGUUGUGGAUGAGUAUGAGGAGAAAGCCGAGCUACUCGGCGAAGUCGACGAGUUGUCGCUGCAAGGCGGACGAAUGGGUACCCCACGUCCAGUUGUGCGCAACCUGGCGGCCGAGCUCGGCAAUGAUACGGACGACGAAGAUCAAGCCGCCGCUCAAGGGGAACGUCCGCCCCUGAUCCCGCGAGCGACGAGGAAUGCGGAUACACCAAUGGCGAUGGCUCAGGCGAGAUGGCCGGUGCUAGGGCCCGAGCUGACUCAGCCGGUGAACAGCACCGACAUCAACCAACUGGUCGAAGACACGGUGCUGCUACUCAAGGCGAUGGGGUUCCGGUGCACGAGCCGACCCAACAGCCUGCUACUCGGCGAUUGGGACCCCAGCCGAGCUUCACGCGAAAUCCUCAAGUGGAAGCGUCGGUUGAGAGUCUCGUUUGGUCUCGAGCGGGGGGCCGUCGGAACUCGGCAGACUAUUGCGAAACGAGUGGCUGAUACUCCGAAGACCGUCGAAGACCCCAGCAGGAUUCCCCUGCCGAAGACUCCCGAACGCAAGAGAGCCGAGGUGUUCCGCUCUACUGAGGAUACGCCGUAUUUCGAAGAUUCGCAUAUGAAGACGCCAACGCGUGGCAAGCAGCCAAACGCAGCCGAGCUCAGCGACAGCGACGAUGGGCGCGAGUACCUGAACCCGGCUGAAGAGUCGGUGAAGGACGUCAUCAAGCACCUUAGCUUCGAUGACGCUGAAAGUGAUCGGACGCAAUACUUGGAGUUUGACCAGUCGGCACGAGCUCGCUAUUACUCGGCUCAGCGCAAAGACAACGAGCUGCCGCAACAGCUCACCGACAUCAAGAAGGUCGAGAAGAUCAUCAACCAGAAGAUCCUGGGGGAGCGCCGGAAGAAACAGCGCGACCGUCUCAUCGGAAGCCGCAGCCGAGAUGCCAAGCGCACCGAUUCGCCAAGGCACUCGGAAGCUCGGCGGAGUGAGCCGCGUCGAGAUGACCGCCGAGACGACCGCCGGGAACGACGCAGAGAUGACCGCCGGGAUGACCGGCGAAGCCGACGCGACGCUGGUCGAGACCGCCGACUAGCGACAGCGCUGCUGGAGGACGACCCGUGUGAGCUGGCUGAGAGACGCCAAUCCAAUCGGCGAUCCAACCUCUACGACUCGGACAGCGAUCAGAGCGACGGCAGCCAGCCGAGCUACUCCGACUCGGCUGUAGACUCGGAAGACGAUUACAUCGACACCGGGUUCACCAGCGAUCGCGACCGUAGAUCGGGGGACCGAGGGAACUCAGAUGGGACACCAAGGAGUGAUCACCGAAGGGGUCAGCCGAGCUCGGCUGACCGCGCCAGUCGAGGAUACGAUCGGCGUGACCAGACUGGGCGCUGA